AUGCCCAAAGACUACAUCGCACGACUCGUUUACGAUCGCGCUCAUUUAUCCAUUGCUAUCGUCAAGAUGCCUCUUCAGGUCAUUGGCGGAAUCACAUUUCGAGAAUUCCGCGACCGCCAGUUUGCCGAAAUCGGUUUUUGCGCGGUCUCGGCUGAUCAGCAAGUGAAAGGAUACGGUGCACAUAUCAUGGCCCAUUUAAAGGAUUACGUCAAAGCCACUUCCCCGGUAAUACAUUUUCUAACUUACGCCGAUAAUCAUGCCACUGGGUACUUUCAAAAGCAAGGUUUCACGAAAGAUAUCACUCUCGAUAAGUCGAUCUGGAUGGGGUAUAUCAAGGAUUACGAAGGGGGUACCCUGAUGCAAUGCUCUCUCAUUCCCCGAAUCCGGUACCUCGAAGUUGGUCGAAUGCUUCUUAAGCAGAAGGAGUGUAUUCUAGCCAAAAUACGUACCUUCAGCCAGAAUCAUGUUGUCCACCCACCACCUCAACAAUGGACUAAUAGGGUUAUCACUCCAAUCGACCCUACCUCUAUUCCGGCCAUUCGGGCAACGGGCUGGUCUCCAACGAUGGAUGAGUUAUCACGCGAACCACGCCGUGGUCCUCAUUACAACGAAAUGCGGCGUUUUUUAAACCAUAUCCAAAAUCACAAACGUGCAUGGCCCUUCGUUAGUCCGGUCAACAAGGACGAAGUUCCUGAUUAUUACAACGUCAUCAAGUCACCCAUGGAUCUGUUGACCAUAGAGAAAAGACUGGAUGGCGAUAUUUACAGUGCUUCAAAAGAGCUUGUCGACGAUCUCAAGUUAAUUUUUAGCAACUGCCGUCAGUUCAACGACGCAACAACAGUGUACACUAAGUGCGCGGUUCAACUGGAAAAGUUUAUGUGGAAACUCAUCAGGGAUAUUCCGGAGUGGCACAAUCUACUUGAGGAAUGA